AAACGCACUUUUGCCCAAUACUCCGCAACCCCGAAUCUGUUUAUGUGUAUCCUUCACCUUCACGCCACCCUCUCCCUCCCUCAAUUCGCGUCUCUCCCACGUUCUCCGCAUCUUUCCCGCCCCGCCCUUCAACCGCUUCCUGCUUUUUCAAAAUUUCUCUUCGCCUUUUCGCCGGCGUAAUCAACUUCCGUUCCACUCCAUCCAACAGCCAUAUAUCAUCAUCCAUCUCUCUCUCUCUCGCCGUACUCUCUUUGAAUUGGUUAAUGAAGCUAAUAACCGUCGUAGUUUGCAAUGGCGAUGCUUCCUGUCCUCUCCCUCGCGUUUGUUCUUGUGUGCGGAAUCCUGUGCGUUCGGAGCUCCGUAGCUGCUAGUCCGCCGGAGGUUUCAUCGCCUGCUCCUGCUCCGGCGCCGGAGUACUCGAUUUCUCUGACUCCGGCUUCCGUUCCUGCUCCCUCUCCCGCGGAGAGCAUCGCUCUCUCGCCUGCAAUAAUCGGUGAUGUUUCUCCUCCAUCUCCGUCUCCUUCUCCUUCUGCUAUCGCUCCGCCCGGUCAUUUUUCUCUUCCUCCAACUCCGGCCGGUGCUCCUCAGAUGCCGAGUGAUGUAACUCCCGACAGAAAUGAUUCUGACAGCGGAAUGAGCGGCGGGAAGAAGGUCGGCAUAGCGUUCGGAGUUGUUUCCAGCGCGUGCCUGGUGGGGUUGGCCGCGAAGGUUUACAAAAAGCGGCAGGAGAACAUCCGUCGAGCACAAUUCGGAUACUACGACAAUGACGACGACAGGCUGCUCUAAGCUCCGACUCCUGUAACUAUUCGCCCUAAACGUCCGCGCAUACUGAAAUCCUUUGCUACAAUCUCUUCUCCAUACAUUUCUGGCAUCCACAGAUUGCAAGAGGCGAUUCCUGGUGAAAUAUCUGAUUCUCUACUCGCUCUAUAUUCAUACUUUCCCUUUUCUCUUCCAGUUUAUUUAAUUCAAUCAAACUUUUGCUCGUUUGGAGAUUUAAUUCGUUACAUUUCUUAGUUCACAACAUAAUACAGUUCAACAGCAUUUGACGGUGUAAUGGAAAUGACUAGUGAUUCCCAAUAAUUCGUGAUAUACAUAAACAU